AUGGGCAAUAAAAAGAAACCUACUACUUCUCAGGAUGCUUCACACCCGACGCCGCACAAAAAAGCGGGCGACCUCGACAGAUAUUUCCGUGAUAAAAUCAAGGUUCUGUUGAUGGAGGCUGAAGAUAGCGUGGAGCUGCCAUCUUUAUCACGUGACUCCCUGCCGCAGAGACCAGCAUUUUCGGAACUGUCCAUGAGUAGCAGGGAUACAGACCUGCACACUCUGAUACAGAAUUUACCUUCCAAGACAGAUAUUGCCUCGAUGCUGGCAGGGCUGGAAUCUUCCAUGCAGGUCUCCUCCCUUGCACAGGAUAUCCGCCAUGUGGGGCACUGGGUCACUGACCUGGAGGGAGAAGUGGAUGUGAUCCGGGCUCGCCUCCACAAUAUAUAG